AUGGGGUUUGAGAGAACAUGGGUCAGCUGGAUCAUGUCUUGCGUCUCAACAGUCACUUAUAAGGUCCUGCUCAAUGGUCGUUCUCACGGCUUCAUCAAACGGGAACGUGGGAUUAGACAAUGUGACCCUUUGUCCCCGUUUCUUUUUAUUCUUUGUGCUGAAGCUCUUGUCAGCUGCCUUAAUCGCUCUGAGGCCCUGGGUAAGCUUCAUGGGAUAUGUCUGGCACCCCCUGGACCAGCAGUGCAUCACCUUUUAUUUGCAGACGACAGCCUCCUAAUGUGUAGAGCUUCUGUAGAAGAAGCAGAGGAGCUAAUCAGUGGCUCUAAAAGGAAAUUACUUAAUUUCCUCCAAGAGAAACUACAAGGACGCCUCAGAGGUUAUUAUGCGAAGGCCCUGUCUCAAGGAGGUAAAGAGGUAUUGAUUAAAUCGGUGGGACUUGCUCUUCCUGUUUAUGCCAUGUCUGUCUUCAAGCUUCCCAUAGAUCUUUUCAAGAAACUUACUAGUGCCAUGACAGAGUUCUGGUGGAGUAGCGGUGAUAAUAAACGGAAAAUCCCAUGGGUUGCAUGGCAGAAACUAUGUAGAGACAAAGACAAAGGUGGCCUGGGUUUUCACGAUAUCGGUAAGUUCAAUCAAUCGUUGUUGGGGAAACAAGCCUGGAGGAUCUGGAAAUAUCCUAACUCUCUGUUGGCUCAGAUUCUACGGAACCGGUAUUUUAAAAAUGGUGAUUUCUUGGGCUGUGCUAUGGGGGCUAGACCAUCUUACGCAUGGCGCAGUUUAUUACAUGGAAGAGAGCUACUCAGUCAAGGACUAGUCAAGGCUAUAGGCGAUGGAAAGGAAACAAGGGUUUGGGGAGUUAACUGGAUCAUCGAUGAAGUCCCACGUCCGUUAAAGUAUAGAGCAGACAGUACCAUUGACCUCACACUGCAUGUAUCCGACUUGAUCAAUCAAUCUACGGGACAAUGGGAAACUACUCGGGUCCAACAGGUAUUUAGUCAACAUGACGCUAUCAGGGUACUUCAGCUCAAAACCAAUAUCCUCCGCCGGGAUACUUGGGUUUGGGGUUUUUCGAAGAAUGGAGAGUACUCAUCACGCUCUGGCUAUAAGUUCCUUGAGACUCUUCAAGAUUUGGACGUGCCUGCUUCUGCUUCCCUUCCGCCUCUUGAAAAACAACUAUGGUCCGACUUGUGGAAAACUAAGACCUCGCCGAAGCUCCGUCACUUUUUCUGGAGGGCUCUGUCCGGUGCUCUAGCUGUCAAAGAGCGCCUUCGUUCCCGAGGCAUUAUGAUGGACUCAACAUGUGACACUUGCCGAGCUGGACCGGAGAGCAUUUGCCAUGUCUUAUUUACGUGCCCAAAAGCAAAGGAAGUCUGGGAGCGGUCCUCUAUACCUCUUCCUCCAGCAGGCUUCUCCACCAACUCCACUUUCUUGAACCUGCACUACUUGCUAUCCUGCAGUAAGAACAAAAGCAUCAAUGCCAACAUUAGACUCAGCUUUCCGUGGAUCCUUUGGCAUCUAUGGAAAUCGAGGAAUGCUCUGUUCUUUGAACAUAUCCACUAUGACGCGGCUGCUAUUAUCACCAAGGUAAAGGAAGAUGUUGACAUUUGGUUUCAGGUGGAGGACCCUACUCCUUGUUUUGCUACGUCUUCUGCAACAACACAACCUGGAGACCCUAAGUGGAGGAGGCCGCCCCCAAAUUCAGUGAAAUGCAACAUAGGAGCUUCAUGGCAUCGUGGGCAUUUUACAAGUGGUGCUUCUUGGAUAGUGAGGGAUCAGUCUGGAUUAGCGCUGCUUUCGCAUAGUCGCAGAUCGUAUGCUAUGGUCUCUUCUCCUACUGAAGCUGAGCUUUUAAGUUUCUAUUGGGCUAUUGAAUCUUUGAAGAAUCUGCACUUUAGAGAAAUGAUCUUUGAGUCCUCUCUGGCCCUAGCUAAGGAAGCCUUGCUCCUCCCUGACCUUUUCCCCCAGUUCAGGCCCCUUCUGGAUGCGAUCUUCUCCCUCUUGCAGACAUUUGAAUCAUGGAGUUUUGUUCACAUCUCUGGAACUGGGAAUCGGAUCGCUAAUGCUAUCGCCAAUAGUGUUAUGGAUUUCAACCUGUUUCAAUCCUAUGUUGGCAGUAAUGGCCCUGUUUGGCUUCAUGAUCUUUUGCUUGACGAUGCGGCAUCCGGUUAA